CCCACUACCGUCACCGUGUGGCUGGGAAGGCCGGCCAGUUUUUCCGCAAUGAAGCCGUGAAUAGGAACGGGUAGAUAGGCCAGCGCAAUGAAGCAGCCCGGCUCAACCACGUGCCUAUAUAGUGGCCAUGAUGUUCCCAUACAAGGCAAAGUAUGGACAACGAAAUGAAGUCGUAACAUUCCAAUACCAAGAUCCCUUGUGGUAAUUGUACGCCGUUUUACGCAACCGUAUGCAGCACAAUGUACCGGCAUCGUUGGUCAUUUGGUUUUCUUGCCGUAUACACACAUUGAAUGCGCUGACGACUUCGACCUCCUUAGUUUAGCUUCACAGUAGCCACGGAGUUCAAAAUGGCCGCAACCUAGCUACCAAUACAUUUCAAGUUAUUCAUUUUACAUGGAAAUUCACCAUGUUAUCCAAUUAUAACAAUAUGAUUUUUUUCAAUGCUAAAACGAUAAUGACAGUAUAAUUUUUAUGGAAAAUAUUCAACCUAGCGGCACGGUGGACGACUGGUUAGAGCGUCAGCCUCACAGUUCUGAGGAGCGCAGUUCAAACCCAGGCCCCGCCUGUGUGGAGUUUGCAUGUUCUCCCCGUGCCUGCGUGGGUUUUCUCCGGGCACUCCGGUUUCCUCCCACAUCCCAAAAACCUGCAUUGUAGGUUAAUUGAGGACUCUAAAUUGCCAAUAGGUGUGAAUCUGAGUGCAAAUGGUUGUUUGUUUGUAUGUGCCCUGCGAUUGGCUGGCAACCAGUUCAGGGAGUACCCUGCCUCCUGACCGACGACAGCUGGGAUAGGCUCCAGCACGCCCGCGACCCUAGUGAGGAGAAGCGGCUCAGAAAAUGGAUGGAUGGAUAUUCAACUUAUAUGAACACAAAAACAGAGCCUGAGGAAUUUUAAAAACAAUCAUUUUUAUGUUUUGUUGUUGUCUGUUUUCAAAGUUAAUUAUUGGACUCAUGUAUUGUCUGGUUUCCUUCUCAAAAAUUCAAGAGAUUUUGAAUGACUAAAUUUAACUGUGGCUAUGAAAUUUCACAAGAAUGUUAUAUAUUUAAUAAUUAAAGACUUGUUUAGCCAUUUCAACAUUAAAGGGAACCUUUUCACCAAACUUUAUAUUUACAAGAAAAUUUAUAUUUCUUGUAAAUUAACUAACUAACUAUAUAUCCAUCCAUGCAUUUUCUUCCGCUUAUCAGAGGUCGGGUCGCGGGGGCAGUACCUUCAACAGGGAGGCCCAGACUUCCCUUUCCCAGCCACUUCAUCCAACUCUUCCGAGGGGAUCCCGGGCCAGCCCAGAGACGUAGUCUCUCCAGCGUAUUCUGGGUCGCCCCCGGUGGUACGUGCCCGGAACACCUCACCGGGGAGGCAUCCUAAUCAGAUGCCCCGGCCGCCUCAUCUGGCUCCUCUCAAUGUUGAGGUGGAGCGGCUCUACUCCGAGCCCCUCCCGGAUGACCGAGCUUCUCGCCCGUUCUCUAAGGGAGAGCCCAGACUCAGCAUAACUGCCAUCCAAGAUUCAGUCACACAAGACCCUGAACCAGCGCCACGGGAGGUGCAGAUGGAUCUGAUUGAUCUCCAAUGUGAUACUGUCUUAAAAGAGAAGGUGAACUCUUAGAACUGGAUGAGAUUUAUGCUUCAUUAAGCGCAGACAAAUUUCCAAAAAUCCGGAAGCUGGCACAGAUGAUGCUGUUUGGCUCUACCUGUGUGUCUGAACAGACUUUUAGUGUGAUGACCACCAACAAAACAUCCUACAGAUCCCCGCUGAGUGAUGAACACCUCAGAUGUGUUCUGAGAAUUGCCACAACAAAACUAACACCAGAGUUUGCUGCAUUGGCAAAAAAAGCAACACUGGAUGGACGGACAGACGGAUAGAUAAUGACAGAUAGCUGGGUGGAUUUUCCCGCGAUGGCCGUGCGCCCCGCCCCCAAUUAACGUAAGGCCGCUUAUGGGCUCAGCUAAUUGGCUCGGGGGUUUACGAACUAGCGUCGGCCACUUUGUGCAGCGAGCGGAGUCGCCGAAGGUGCCCCGGGACUUGGCGCCGGACAACUUGUGAGCUGUGGCCGCGAGCGAUGGGAGCCCCCUCGGCCCCCCGCCACCAUGUCCUGGCCUGACGGAUGCGGAGGCUGAGUUAGCAUAGCCGCAAAUUCCAAGCGCAAAGGUUGGUUUUCCGCCACGUCAAGAUGCCCUUCAUGCCGGUCAAGUUCAACCUGCAGAAGCGGGUCAAGCUGGCCCAGGGUCUGUGGAUCCUCUACUGGACGUCGGUCCUGGUGGGAGUCCUCCUCUUCGGCCUGGGCGUCUUCUUCAAGGUGGAGCUGCGCAAGAGAAGCGAGCUGAUGGACGAGAGCGAGAGCCACUUGGUGCCCAACCUGCUGAUCCUGGCCGGGCUGCUGGCCUGUGUCCUCAACGCCUUCGGGGGCAAAGUGUGCCACGACUCCCUGGACCCGCUCAAGUACUCCAAGUGGAAGCCCUUGCUGAGAAGGUUCCUGCUGCUGUGCUGCGCUUUCAACGUUUUGCUGCUGCUGCUGGCGCUGCUCUGCUUCCUCAUGCAGUUCGCCAUCUACCUGACGCUGUCCCAAGGUCUGAAGAACAGCAUCCGCUUCUACAAGGACACCGACACGCCGGGACGCUGCUUCAUGAAACGCACUCUGGACUUGACGCAGAUCGAGUUCCGCUGCUGCGGCAACGUCAACUUCAGGGACUGGUUCGAGGUCCAGUGGAUCAGCAACCGCUACCUGGACAUGAGCAACGACGAGGUCAAAGAUCGCGUCCUGAGUAACGUGGACGGAAAGUUCCUGAUGGACAGCGUUCCGUUCAGCUGCUGCAAUCCGGGAUCCCCUCGGCCGUGCAUCCAGCACCACCUGACCAACAACUCGGCCCACUACGACUACGACCACCGCACCGAGGAGCUCAACAUCUGGACGCGGGGCUGCCGCGAGACCCUGUUUUCAUACUUCAGCAGCCUAAUGAGCAGCAUCGGCGUGCUCAUCAGCGCCACCGUUCUGCUGGAGUGUGCGGACAUGGCGGGCUUGAAGUACCUGUGCACGGCUCUGGAGACCAUGGCGGACCCCGAGAACCCCGAGUGCGAGAGCGAAGGCUGGCUGCUGGAGAAGAGUGUCAAAGAGACGCUCGUGGAGAUGCUGGCCAAAAUCAAGACGCUGGGCAAGUCCAACCACGUCGAGGAAGGAGAGGAGGCCGCCGCCUGAGACACGCGCCCGCUCACAGACACACACACUGUAAAUAACCACAUCACAAACAUGGUGCAACCUGAGAUUGCAUUCAACUCUUCUUAGAGAACACGGAAUAACUUUUUUUAACCUUUGCAGCCAAAUACACAAACGCACUCUCUCUCACACACACACACACACACACACGUGCGCACGCUCAUGUGUAGACAUUUUCAAAGUUUUUCUUUGCUCCUUCUAACGGUUGUGAUGUUUUGUUGUCUUGCAGAGAUUUUAGUCCCCAAAAGUAUAAAGAUAUUAUGAUUGACA